UAUUACAGAUAGUCAAGGAGUUUAUAAAACUAAGUGAGAAGAUUUUUGAAAUUUUAGAAAAACAAGAGAUUAAUGACCGUAACUUUCUUAAGAUAGUUAAAGAAAAACUUGAAAAAUGGAGCAUACCUAAUGGUCUUGUAACUAAGUUUGUGGACUUUGCUAAGGAACUUGAACCUGUGAAAAUUGAUGAUGAUGAUGAGGAGUUAAACAUCUCUGAGGGUAUUUCAGAAUAUGAUAUGAAGCUUCGCUGA